AUGGCGUUUUUCCAACAAGUUGUGAAAGCAACACGAUUGAGAAAUGCACGUCUUGUUUAUCAUGAUGAAAAAUUAAAAUCAAUUGCAAUCUCAAGAGGAGCCAAAUUGCAUUAUAAUAUUUUUCAGAAAAUUCGUUAUACAAAAUUACUUGUUAAGAAGAAGAUCAAGGAUUUUUUGAAAAAACUUGUCUCCUGCCCAGAGGAUACGUGGUUUCACAAAAAGGCAUUGUUAUUGCAAACUGAUGGAACAUUAGAGAAUUUUGUGUUAAAAAGUAUUUUUGGAUUUUUAGGCGGAAUUCUUCUUACGUAUCUAUUUUUUAUUUUUUUUGUUUUUCAACUAAAUUUUUCAUUACCAUCGGCAACAUUAUGGUGUUCAUUACUCGGUAUUAUUUUAACACUCGGUUUGGCAUUUUCCAAGUAUGUCAGAUGUUUGGUGUUUUUGAUAAUGCCACAAUUUUUGUCAAAACGAGGUCGACAGGCUCUAUUGGCGUAUGCUUUCAUUCUUGCUCUCACAGGACCAGCUAAAAAUACUUUAAACAAUAUUGGUGUUUUGUCACAAUCUCUAUCUUGUGGGGAGGAACAUUUGAAAGAAGCUGUUAAAUCUAUUCUCGAUUUAAUUAGAGAGCCAUUCAAUGCACUUAAAGAUGCAAUAACAAAAGUUUUGAAAACCGUUAAAGUUGUUGUGAAAAAAAUUAAAAACACCCUUAUUGCAAUCAAGAGGCUUGUGCUUAGUAUUUUAAAAGUAAUUCAAUCAGUGUACGAGUGGUUGGGAUCAGUUGUAAAUAUGUGUAAUAAAAAAUUAGGCACACCAUUUGAAAGAUGUAAUAGAGCAUUUGAAGAUGCUGUUGAUGAUUGUAAAGCAAAAUUAGGAUCAUUUUUUGGUGGUCUUUGUAAUGUAACAUAUGUGGUUGGUGCCAUUUGUUAUAUUGUAAAGCCCUUUGAUUUUAUUUGUGAACUUGUGUCAUUUGUUUCCGAUGCUAUUGUCAAUGUUGUUCGAAAAAAGAUAAAAAAAUUUGCAAAACACAUGAAGGCUAUGUUUUAUGUAAAAGUAAAAUUUUCUCAUUCAUUUCAUUUUGAGAGUAAUCGAAGCCGAACCAAUACUGAUAUAACAAAGGGAAUUAGCACAGAGAUAAAGCAAAGAACACAAAAAUUCUUUUUGUUUUUUGAUAUGUUAAGCUGUAUGACAAGCGUUUUUAUUUUACUCAUAUUUGUCAGGGUAAUUUUCUACCGUUAUAAAUGGCUGACGAAUCCUCGAUUUGAUAAUCGUUAUUUAACCGAUUAUUUACGUGACAUUGAUCUUCGAAGAGCGCGAUUAGACAAAGAAACUGUUUUGCCAUUAAAUCCAAGAGAGAGAAAUAAAUAUGUCCCUUUAUCGUCAAUACGAUUAAUUAAAGCUGAAAAAAUGAAAUUAACAAAAUCUGCCGUUUUUAUGAGUUUAAUUUCUUUUAAACUUCUCUUUCAAAUGGCUAUUGAUUACAGUCUCUUUUGGAUUUUAGAUGUUAUUAGAUAUCAUGGAAGAUUUGAGACAAAAAUACCGGAAAAUUCAGUUGGUGUACAUGUAACCGGAAAUGGUUUUUUAGCUGAACUUUAUCGAAGUAUCGUAAAUGCUUUUACUCUAUCGAGUGAAGAAAAAGAAAUUGAUAUGAUUCCAUGUCUACCGAAUCCAAUUCCACCAAAUUAUGAUAGAUAUUUACAAAUUUUAACUCUCAUGUUCUUUUGUUGGUUAAUCAUUAUUUUCGAACCAUACGGUUUACGUAUGCGACAAUGUGUCAUGAUUUCUUAUCAUCCCGAGAGGGCCAAAGAACGUGCCGUCUGGCUUUACAAUCACAUUCUAAGAUCGAGGGGUAAUUUUUUGAAAUUUGCAAGAAGACAAUUGCGAAGAAAAUUUGGUAUACAGAGUGGACAAACAACGGAAAUUGUUACAUUAAAGGAAAGAUUAACAGCAAUUUGUCCUCUUUUGAGAAAAUGUUUUUCUGAUGAUAAAAAAAUAUGUCUUUUAUGUGGUGCCAUUGAAAGGGACAAGCAACAACCUCACAUUAAAUGUCCCACUCCAAAUUGUGUUGGUCUAUUUUGCGUUCAAUGUUUUAAUGAUUUACGUAAUAUGUGCACGGUUUGUAAAACACCAAUUGAUUAUGGAGACUUGUCUGAUAUCAGUGAAGAAAAAGAUUCUUCAGAAGAAGAAGCUAAAGCUAGAAAAUCAAUAACAUCAAAUGAAUCAGAAGAUUCAAAAUAUUUCGAUGAUCGUAGAAUUGAAGAAGGAAUUGAUAUCAUAGAAGAAGAUAUCAGUUCAAUUUCUUCGUCUUCUACUGAAUAUAGUUACACAUAUCAGGAUGAUAAAUCUCAAAUUGACAAAAGUCUACCUCAAAAAGUUCCAUUUAAAGAUAUUGAAGCUCAAACAUUACGAGACGAUGUUUCCACUCAGAUAUUUAGUUCUCAAACUGAAGAUAUUGAAUCAGAAAGUGAAAGUCCUGCUUGUUUUGGACUUCGUUCGCGUAAAAAAGAAAAAUCAAAAUUCGAUGAUUUAUCAUCGAAAUCUUCAUUUUCUUUAGAAGAAUUUGAAGAUGAAGUACAAUUAGAUGAGAAAUCGAAACUUCUAUUGAGAAAAUAUGAAAAAGAGAAAAAAGAAAAGAAACGUGGUAGACUGAAGAAAUUUUUUAAUGGUCUCUUAAAAUUCUUUUGGCUCAACAAGAAACGAAAAACGGAAAAAGUCUCGAAGGAUUAUAAAAAAACAGAAAAAGAAGACGUGGAAAUUGUGAAUCUAUAUUCUUCAUCUAUCUCGACAUCAUCUUCAUCGUACAGUAUCGAUUAUCGAGAGAAAUUGAAAGAAAAAUCUUACGAUUCAUUGCAAGAAAUUAAAGAUGAACAAAUUUUGCGAUAUCCACAUGAAAAGCAAUUUUGUACAAAAGAAUUACCCAGUGGUUUAAUGUCAAUUGCCGAAAGAAUAAAAUAUUAUCAAGUUGACGAAAGAAUGAAUUAUCAUUGUCGAUGUUCUAAUGAUAAACAAGAUUUAAAUCAUUUAUCUGAUUCGAAAAAUUCCUCGGAUGCAAGUCAAAUAACAGAAAUUUGGAAUGACAAUGAUGAGGAAAUUCAAAAUUAUGAAUUGGAUAGUUUGGAAGAGAGUAAUAAAUCAAAAUGUUCAGUUUCAUCUUUAACAACGUCAGCAAAAGACGAUAUGCAAGAAUUGUCGAGGUCAAUAAAUAAUCAAUAUGAUUUUAGUGAAUCCCGUGAAGAUGAUAAAAAUUAUAUCGAUGUUACUGGUUUAUCUAGUAAUUAUUCUUCAGUUCAGAAACUUUACGGUGCAAACUCAAAUAAUGAAGAAAUAGAAAUGAUAGAUGAAAAUCAAAAUACAAAUGAUGAAUUAUUUGCUGAUGAAUCAACAGUGAGACAAAUGGAAAGAGAUAUUUCUUUGCAAACACUCAAUGAAAGAAGAAAUUAUCAAAAAUUAUCAACAGAAAAACGUCUUUUACGUAGAAGGUAUAAUGAAAAUUACUAUAGCAGUUCAGAGAAUGAUAAUCAAUCAUUGGAAACUGAAAGAAGAGAUGAAGAUAAGCAAAUAAAUGUACUUUAUAGAAAAGAAUCGCCAAAUAAGUCAAGAAGUUGCAAACAUUGUGGCAGAAGAAAAGCAUUGAGUUCAACACAAGAAAAUUUCCGUGAAGAUUAUUAUUUGCGAAGAAAUUGCAAAUUGCGUGUUCCAGAAAAUAAAUUAAUUUCACAUUCAGAAAUUGUUGAAACAUCUUUGGAAAAUGUAUUUGAUAAAAAUGUAAAAUUAAUUCAAGAAUUAGAAAAAAAUGAAAAAAUGAAAACAAUUCGAAAACGAGAAGACGAAAGACAAAAGAGAUAUGAUAUUGUAAGAUACAUUAGAGAGCAUGGAUCAUCAUCUCAAAGAGAUUCAAAAAUUUGUCAAUCACAUCAUACGAGAAAAAAACGUAAUAUAUUGCCGUAUCAAGAAACAGAAGCUUUUAAAAGUUUAUUAAAAGAAUAUAAGGAAAAAGCCAUACCAGAGGAAAAAUUAAUACCUGACGAAUUUUCCCAAAAAUCUUUAUCUCAGGAGGAAUUACCUAGUGAUUCAACGAGUGAUACAUUUUAUAUUUUCAAAAAAACAUAUAUGCCCAAUGAAUCCUCUGAUGACGAAAAUGACAAAUUAAUGAAUUAAUUCAAUGUAGAUUAUCAUGCUAAUAAUACUAUUAAUUUAAUGAUUAAUUAAUAAGAAAAUAAUGAAUUAUAAUUAAUAUUUUUAUUAUAUCAAUUAUAAUUUUUAAUAAUUAUUUAUGAUAUACAAUCUAAUAGUUUAUAAUAUUAUAUACUAUUGAAUUAAGAAAGAACUUACAUAA